AGUGUGCCCUCACGGAAAAUGACAUAGUAUUGACAAAUGAGGAAGUGAUUCUUAUGUUGUUUUUUCUAUGCUAAGCUAGUCGCAACUCUUCGUGGGAGCUACAAUUGAAAUACGAUGCGACUUUGUUUGAACAAUAAAGAGCUGGAUAAUUCUACCAACCAGGCUUAGGCCUGGUCACACUACGUUCCACCUGUCUAGUCUUCCUCUUGGCCCCCCUCCCAGAAACAGUAAAUAGUUCACAACAUGUCUUCAGGCCCACCUCAGUCGCCCACAGUGGCUAAGACAGAGGUGACUGUUGAAGGAGAAUGCCCUAUCCUCGCUGUCACCUUUGCCUACUGGGACAACAUCCUGGGCCCGCAGGUGUGCCACAUCUGGGCUCCCAGGUGCGAGCAACCGCUGUUGCUGAGCGAUGGCGAGGUCACCUUCCUGGCCAAUCACACGCUGAACGGGGAGAUUCUGCGCAGCGCAGAGUGUGGCGCGGUGGACGUCAAGUUCUUCGUCCUAGCCGAGAAGGGUGUCAUCAUCAUUUCGCUCAUCUUCGAUGGCGAGCUGAAGGGUGACAAGAACACGUGUGCCCUGUCCAUCAUCCUGCCUCAGACAGAGCUGGCCUUCUAUCUGCCCUUGCACACGGUCUGUGUGGAGAGGCUCAAACACAUAAUCCGGAAGGGACGCAUCUGGAUGCAGAAGGGCUACAACAUCAUUUCUAUGCUGACAUCAGAGAUUGUCCCCAUCAUGGAGCUGCUGUCUUCCAUGAAGACACACAGUGUCCCAGAGGACAUAGACAUCAAGGACACCAUCCUAAAUGACGAUGACAUCGGAGACAGCUGCCAUGAAGAUUUCCUGCACAAGGCAAUCAGUUCUCAUCUCCAAACCUGUGGCUGCUCCAUGGUGGUCGGAAGCAACCCAGACAAAGUCAACAAGAUAGUGCGCACGCUGUGCCUCUUCCUCACCCCUGCUGAGAGGAAGUGCUCUCGGAUCUGUAAGGCUGACUCUACUUUCAAGUACGACACAGGACUUUUUGUACAAGGCCUCCUCAAGGACUCCAUGAGCAGCUUUGUCUUCUACCAGGUGCUGUACUCGCCCUACCCGACCACGCACAUCGACGUGGACAUCAACACGGUGAAGCAGAUGCCGCCCUGCCACGAGCACACGUACAUGCAGCGUCGCUACAUGCACUCAGAGCUCAGUGCGCUUUGGAAGGCGGCCAGCGAAGAGGACAUCGCCCCCAACACCGGCAUCCACACUGACCAGUUCUUCACCCCUGACCAAAAUAUAUUUCAGGACGUUAUGCAUAAAGACACCCUGGUAAAGUCAUUUAUAGAUGAGGUGUUCAUGCUGAAGCCAGGUCUCAAUCUGCGAAGUACUUACUUGGCCCAGUUCUUGCUGAUCCUUCACAGGAAGGCGCUCACACUACUCAAAUACAUCGAAGAUGAGACGCAAAAGGGAAAGAAGCCUUUCCGCUCCUUGCGCAGCUUGAAGACAGACCUCGACCUGAUGGUGGAAGGCGACCUGAAUAUCGUCAUGGCAUUGGCUGAGAAGCAGAGGGCUGGACUGCACUCCUUUGUAUUUGGGAAGCAAUUCUACACCAGUGUACAGGAGCGAGAUGUGCUCAUGAGCUUUUGACUCUUUUACUCUCAUCGUCAUGACAUAUGUUUUUAUCAGCUCUUAAGAAAUGGGUAAGAAAUGUACAUAUGACUUGUCCAAAAGCUGCCUUUACUAGGGUGACAUUUUCUGUCCACUAAAGACUGUUGAGGUGUUAAAAUGUGCAAAAAAAUACAGUAUGAUGAUCAGAAUUUUGAAAUUUCA